CUAUAAGCGUAGGGGGAUUUCAAGAUCUCUGUAAUGAAUACAAUUCAAAAGAUGACCUUCCUUCAGAUUUGCGUGUGCCAUUUAGCUUGACCGAAGUCGAUGGAUCAUCAGCGCUGAUAUGUUCCCCUUCUUCUUCCUGUAAAGUACAGACUGCCGUUGGCGUAUCAUCGUACUGGUAGUGCUUGUCAAGUGCCCAGAUGAAUAGUGCGAGUAAAAAAGCCUCCUUCGCUGCAGCUCCUGCUUAAAAGACGCGAGGGAGCUAGUGCUGUGGACUAUCUUUGCUGGGAGUGAGUUCCAUAUUCUGAUAGCAUCAGGAAAGAAUGUCUGGUAUAUAUUUGUGUUCUGGCAUAUCGGAUCAGGAUUUCCACGUGUACAUCUUCUUCUUCUGGAAACAGUACAGUCCACCGUCUGGUGUAUUGUCGUACAUGGUCCAGUGCAGUGAUUCGGCCAUCAGAGACGACGCGUGUUGCAUUCUUCUGAUCAGGCCUUCAUACAAUUAGGAUUGGGAUACAUUUAGAGAUUGUGACUUUAGAAAUGAGGCUUCUGCGAGCAUUGGUCGUCGUUGGAGUGGCCUGCUGUGGAUUUUUCGUGUCUGUACAGUUCUUCUCGAACCAACGUCAUUUAUUCAAUGCGCCAAUCUACGGACGAGAUUACUGGAGUAAUCCAGAUUCAGAAAGAUCGCUAGACAUCUCUUACAUGUCCGAAGAUCAUGAAGAAAUGAAGUCCGACAACCAUACAGCUGCACAAGAAAUCUCCACUGAUCACAUCAAGAAAUGGCUCCCCGAUACCAAAAACUUACUGCCGAAUUACUUCACGAUGAGAGACAACGUAACAAAUGAACGUAGGUACGCAGAUGGCAUUCUCGUGUACAUGCAUCUCAAUAAAGCAGCCGGGACCACCACUAAGACAUGCCUCUCAAUGAUGUCAAAGACACGUCCCAAUCCGAAACCAGUUGUCACGGUUAGUGAAGCUAGGGCAAGAAUCCAAACGGACAUCAAAAAUGGUAAAUUAAAAUAUGACAUCUUAAUGGGUGAUUAUUCAUUUGGUAUCUGCGACGCAGUCGGUAAUAAAAGCUGCUCUUACUUUACUAUUUUGAGGGAUCCAUACGAAAGGCUGCUCUCCUCGUUCUCAUACUGCAAGCGCGCGAAAGACCAGCUAUGCGAAGGACUAAACCCUUGGGAAGCUGAUCUGAAGAGAUGGGCUGUUCACCAAGGAAGUUAUUUCUUCAGACAGUUGCUGAUGAAACCGUGGUUCUGCGGUGCAAACCCCGAAUACGCAAAGCAAGGACUUGACGGCAUUCCCCAUUCCAAGGGAAGGACUUUCUCUAAUACUCCGUGCUGGUUCCGGCAGAAGGUUAUCUUGAAGCGCGCCCUCACCUCAGGCCAGAUGGACAUCCUUCUACAGUACUGUGUAGAACAUCUGGAAGAAUGGUUCACUAUGAUCGGACUAACCGAGCAAUACGACCUCACACUUCGAAUGCUUGAAAAGGUAUACCAUUUACCAUUCCAAAAAACGUGUGGCCGGAGCCAGCUGAACAAGAGUGAUUACCGCAACGUAGCAAGAAGUAGAAGAAUCAGCAAAGAGAAGAGUGUUGUAGAAUGGAAAAGAAACCUUAAAGAAGACCCGGAGGUCUAUGAAGCUCUUCGCGCUGAUAUAGUCAUUUAUGAAAAAGCUAAAGAAAUAUUCAAGCGUCAAAGUUUGGCGUUCCUUACCAACAAUCAUUAGGAAAAUCCUGCCAAUUACGCAAUGAGCUUAUUCUAACGAUACACGGCCAGCUGACUAGUAGGCCUAUGCAUAAAUUCUUCUCUAAAGAAGGUUAAAGAUUAAGUUGCCAGAUGUCAGCUACAUCGCGUUCUAGUAGCACAACCAUCGAAUGCUGUAGACUGUCCUACUUUUACAAAAGUGCAAUACUGUCACUGAAGGAGCAGUCAAACGCGUACUUUCCAUCUUUAUCCUGCGAGUAGGAUUCUAUACCUACAUGGUUUGUCAAAAAUGCAUUAAUGAACUUGUUCCUGCGCUCACACGCACGACCAAUUGCGAUGCUUCAAUUUCUUGGAAAAUUAACUGAGCGAGCAUCUGAAGAUCAAAUACAUGCUUAUCUAAAUGUGAAUGGUUUACAUGACAAGGGAGUACACAAUCGGCUUACAGGAAACAUCACAGCGUUGAGACGGCAAUGGUUCUCAUUUACUCCUUGCAGCAGACAGAGGCCAGGAAUCGGUGCUCUUGGUGCUUGAUUACUCGUCUGUUUUUGACACUCUUGAUCAUGACAUUAUGUUCCGGCGCCUGUCAACGAGAUAUGGAAUUACUGGAUCGGCAUUGAACUUUUUCACUCAUGCUUAAUCGUACUCAAAGUGUUGUUGUAAACGGUACUCUUUCUCAUCCUGUUGUCCUCAGCGAAGGCGUUUCUCAGGGUUCAGUAAUGGGGCCACUGUGUUUGUCAAUGUACGCUUUACCGUUAGAAGAUAAAAUAGAGAAAUGUGGUAUUAACAGAAUGAUACAUGCUGAUGACAGUCAAAUCUAAAUUUCUUUUCAACAAAAUGCCAAUCGUGCCACAGUGAUUGCUCAGAUUGAAUCUCGCUUAAGUAAAGUACAGGUGUGGUCAUCACAAAAUCAUCUAAAAUUAAACAUACAGUAUUCUUUUUCAUAUUAUCUCUAACCUUUAUUAUCUCUAAUCAUAAUCUGUCUAUCCACUAUCUCUGUUAUAUAUAUCAAUAUAUCUAUCUACCUAUCU